AUGCCUGCAUCCGCGUGGAACGGGACGCAAUUCAUGGCAACAGUUAGUAAACAUGAGGCUUAUCAAGUUCGUGUCACUCAGCCAACACCCGUCGCCAUCAGCUCGGCGACAGGCAUAUUCGUGCUUGUCUUCCUCAUCAGAUGUCAUGGUGCGCAGAAGGAAGCAGCAAAGGGAAAAAAAUUAUGGCGUGGAUUGGGAGUAUCAUUUCGGAUAGUACCCACAGCUGAUACGCGUGAAAAGGCUACAGGUUACACUGAAGACCAUGGCAUCAGUGACAUCCAACGCUGCAAAUUUGUCCUUGGACAUAAGGCAGACAUAUUAGCCACAGUAACCUGCACACUGUCCUUCAAAGAAACGAAAACUUUCAAGGCUAUCACCCGCGAACAGCUCAGUCUUAGCCAUCAACUGGUGUCACUGACGUUCACAGGGACGUUCCAUGGAUGUCGAGAUAAGCUGCGGAGAAAAAUGAGAAUGCUUCGGGGGUACAUCAAGCCCAGUAGAUCCCACCACCGUCUCAGCUGA